AGCAGAGACAUGUGCGCACAGUGUGCCAGCGAGCACACAACUCUGAUGCACAGACAGCUGCCAUUUCUCUCUUACUUUCCUCCCCUAGGCCGCCCUCCUCCUCCUCCUCUUGGCCGUUCCCUAUCCUUCCGUCUACUUUGGCCCGCACUUUUCCUCAGGCGCAUAUAAAGGCAGGUCCUGUUGGAAGGCGAGUGCUUGUGUAAACUUGGCUGCACAUGAGCGCCAGAGACUCUUGGCCCGCCUCAGCUAGGAAAAGUUCACGAAGAAGGAACAUCUCUGAGGUGGAAGAGGACUUAUUUGGAUUUAAGGUGCAGGAUCUCCAUGCAGACCAUGCCGGGAACGCUGCUGGUGGUGGUGGUGGUGGUGCUGCUGCUGUCCACAGGAAGUGAGUCCAGAAGGAUCAGGAAAAGAGGACUUAACCACAAGGACUAUGAGUACCCCAACCACCCCCAGUCCACACAGCACCAGAAGAAUGACCGUUGUCCACCGCCACCUCAAAUGCUGCCAGAGAGGGCCUGUGAGGUGCCGGGCUGUCGCUCGGACUCGGAGUGUGAACGCCAUAAACGCUGCUGCUACAACGGCUGCAUCUAUGCAUGCCUAGAAUCUGUUCAGCCUCCACCUGUCCUCGACUGGCUCGUGCAGCCCAAGCCUCGGUGGUUGGGAGGCAACGGCUGGCUACUCGAUGGCCCAGAGGAAGUGCUGCAGGCCGAAUCAUGCAGUACAACGGAGGAUGGCGAUGAGCCUCUCCACUGUCCUACAGGCUACGAGUGUCACAUCAUCAACCCAGGAAACCCUGCUGCUGGCAUCCCUAACAGGGGACAAUGCAUCAAGCAGCGCACCAACUCUGAUGGACGCGGGCUAAGGCACAAAUUUUUCAAGGACUACAAGGACUACUUAGGUAAGUGAGGUACCAGUCCAAACAACGCCGUCAGCUACGACAAACACCACAAGCACCUGGGAUGAAGGACGUUUUGUUUUUCCUGCUAUUACUUUUAUGUUGUGUCCGCUCUCCAAUGAACUUAGAAUUAACCCCGCCAGUUAGCACACUUGUGUUUUCAUCACACUUGAAAUACCAAAAGCUGCUACAUCCUCUAACAAAGCCCUGACGUCAUGCGUACUACAAUCUCACAGCCAAAGAAACAUGGUGCUUUUAGACAUUUUAAUACAUCAUACAUCUGUACGGGAGAAGGACAGACCAGGGAGUGUGUCAAUGCUGCUUAACAUUUAUCUUACAAGUGCAGAAAAAGGACCUGUCACAGAAAUGUGGCCACUACAGUCAUGUUUACAGAACAAUUAUCAGCAUAUCCAUCUUUUGUCUACAAAAAAAUUGUACUACGUUUCUACUAGCAAUGGGCAUAAUAAUCGAUUAUUGGAUGCUGGUAUUUGGUUAUGCACUACUUAGUAGUAACCAGCAGAGGCGCUGUUGAUUCAGGCUCAACUGAUAUUGGCAGUCAAAAGACCACGAC